GCGAUUCGUUUCGUUUGAUAAGCAACUUGAGAAAAUGUCCCCGAGAUGUUUAACGAUGGGAUUGUCUUAAUGUGUUCUCCACAGAGGAGUCCGGUCUGUCAUGUCCUCUAACGCAGAUUCCCACCAGGAGCGACUGUGGAGCAGCAACAGCUCCGUCCUCCUCCUCUUCCUCCUCACCAACACCACCACCACCGCUGCUGCUGCAAACACCUCCAUCCGCAGACGGAGCAGAGCGGGCUGACUGACCGACUGCCUGACGCGGUGCACGGCUGAACUCUGUGGAAUAACUGCGGCACCGAGCUGCUUGUACUCAUCGCAUUCCCAGGCUUUUAAUAGUUGAGGAGAGCUGAGCCCACUCGCCAAUGGCAAGUCCGGCUGCAGACAUAGGACAGUCUCAUCAGCAUCACCCUGCCAGCGACUCUGCCGCAGACUCCGCGUUUCAGGAGGCGCAGACAUGGAUCGAGGCUGUGACAGGAAGAUGUUUUGGUGACAGAGAUUUCAGAGGAGGCUUGGAGAAUGGCAUACUGCUGUGCGAGUUGCUGAGCUCCAUUAAACCUGGUCUGGUGAAGAAGAUUAACAGACUGCCAACACCCAUUGCUGGUCUGGACAACCUCAGUGUGUUUCUCCGAGGCUGUGAGGAGUUGGGACUGAAAGGCUCUCAGCUGUUUGACCCUGGAGACCUGCAGGAGACAUCAACACGCCCCACCGCCAAGGGAAGUGACUGCAGCCGAAAGCUGAAGAAUGUUUUAAUCACCAUCUACUGGUUGGGUCGUGCUGCCAACGGCUGUACCUCCUACAACGGGCCCACGCUGGACCUGAAAGAGUUUGAGGGCCUGCUGUCACAGAUGCGAAAGGAGGCGGAGGAGGCAGAGAGCCCGAAACGCAGCAUCCGCGACAGUGGCUACAUCGACUGCUGGGACUCAGAGCGCAGCGACUCUCUCUCCCCCCCACGCCACGGCCGCGAGGACUCGUUCGACAGCCUGGACUCCUUCGGCUCACGCUCACGUCAAACCCCGUCGCCAGACGUCCUGGUUGCCCGCGGCAGCAGCGAUGGCCGUGGAAGCGACUCAGAGUCCGACGGCCCCCCCCACAGGAAGGUGCCGGACAUCCGUAAGGACGACAUGUCUGCGCGGCGAACGUCCGUCAGCGAGCUUCGAACCGCCAUGCCCUUUAACCAGUACCUUCCCAACAAGAGCAACCAGAGUGGAUAUCUACCCACGCCGCUCCGCAAAAAGAAAAACGACAAAGAGGAGGGAGCACGCAAGAGUUGGAGUACUGCCACUUCGCCUAUAGGGGGAGACAGACCUUUCAGUCCAGAUGAAAUCCCUAGCUUAGACACCCCGAGUCCAUCCUCCACCCCGCCCCUUGAACCCCAGACACAGAUUCAACGGGAGGAUGAAGGGGAGCACAGUUUCUCCAUCCCUAACAUUGAGAUCCAUGCGGCCAUCACGAGGAGGAGCAGUGACCCUCCGCCCUGUAGCGUCCCCCAGCCCCACGCAGAGCCCCGCACGGAGACUGUAACGCACCUGAUGGGCCCCUCUGCACAAAGCACUCCAGCUCGCUCGUGCUCGGAGGAACUCUUCCACCAUUCAACGACUCUGGCGGGAAACACCAUUGCGGCGUCUGUGGUCGCAUCAGGCCCCGGAAAACUUUCACCUACAACACACCGGGAGGAAGCCGGAGUGAGGAUGGGAGUCGCUGGUACCCCGCUAGUCGCAGAUGCAGAGCUGGACGCGAAGCAAGCCUGUCGAAUGCCGACCUCUCCUAAACGCACGCCAAGUCCCUCCCACUUCCUUCCUGUACCUGCUGCCGUGGCAACCACUUCAAGAGAAAUAGCCAACACAGGCCGACGAAAGGGCAGGGCCCUGAGCGAAAGUGACGACCCACAAGGAUCUUGGUUGGACGGCAGUCUUCCAGCAACAUUCAGCCACACAGAUAUUGUGUCAGAUGAUUCACAGAGUGUGAGUAUGAUCGACAUGCGUGGUGAGGACGAGGCCGUCUUGCAGCCCCACAGUCAGGUGCGUCAUGAGCUGAUGCACAAUCAGUACAACACGAUGAAGGAGGAGGAGGAUCACUGGCAGGACGACCUGGCAAGAUGGAAAAAUCGGAGGAGGAGUGUUUCUCAGGACCUGAUCAAGAAGGAGGAGGAGAGGAAGAUGAUGGAACAGUUGAUGACAGGAGACACUUGUCCCUCCCACAGGAGGAGAAGCAUCAAGACGUACAGAGAGAUAGUGGAGGAAAAGGAGCGCCGUGAGGAGGAGCUGCGGGACACCUACAAAAGAGCCAGAACCCCUGAGGAGGCGUCCGCCAUCCUGCAGCGUUACGCCCAGCGUUUCUCCAUCAGUGAAACUAUCCUGGAACGCCUGCAGCUGCCAAAGCUGCUGGAUCGCAGCAUCUCCGCUGACCCCUCCUUCCCCUGCUCACCCUUCCCUCUCUCCCUCUCCUCCUCCCCGACGACGCCAGACCCCUUCGACGUGGACCCCAACGGGCCCUUGAGGUUUCUGCGGCAGCAGUCCGCCCCGGCUCCAAAGUUCACGUCUACGCUUGAGGCGCGAAUCGAGGAGUUUCCCAAAGACUUGUCGUCACCUCACCAGCGGCCUCAAAUUCGCUCGCGCUCGUCUGAGCCGCCGUCAACCAGAACCCUGUCUCCCAAACCGGUGCCUUUGCUGACACCUAAGCCUUACCUGGAGUCCCGAGGCAGAGCGGCUGAACCGUGGGCCAACAAGGCGGACGGUUUGCUCCGAGUCAACGGCAAUGUAGGAAGUGACGACGCUCCCACCACACCUGAGAGUCAAGGAAGGGAAUCUCCUCCUCACUUCCAGGCGUCCCCUUCCAGAACCAGCAACAGCGCUGUAGGUGCUCCCUCCCCGGCAGCAUCGCCCGCCCACAGUCUACGCGCCUCCCCCGCAGGAGGAAGCCCGGCGUCCAUAAAGGCCAAGGAGGCACGGGACGGCAGCAAAGCAGCUCCCGAGGACGUCCGGGACCAGAGAGUCGCUGAGCAUUCAUCGCCACUGAGUCGGCCCACCUCACUUCCAGAGGAACUGCAGAAGCCAGAAGAAAGCUUUUGGAAGCCUGGGGACCGGACGGCAGCUGCUCCAGAGGAGAAAAACUCAAAGGCUGCAGCUCAACUAACAACACGUACAGAAGCCAAACAAGACGUUAAACCUGAAGCAUCUGGUCCGAACAUCGCCACUCUGGUCCGAUCAGGGUUCAGCUCACAGCAGUGUCAGACAGUAACUUCGCAGGCGAGUUUUCCCAGUUCCCAGGAGUUUUCACAGGGAAGAGAGAACGUACCAAACUUAACUGCACCAGGAUCGUCUGGAUAUCACCCGACACAGGAAGUAACAGCAGAGUUUGCAAACAGUGUCAUCCCUCCACUGGCAACCAGCAACCCUAAGUUACGUUGGGAGUUCUUCGCUCCGCCAGGUAAAACCCUUUCAUUCAUCAGCGGAGCUCGUGUUUCCUUCCCCAGGUGCAGAAUGUGUAUGGAGUCCCCGCUGUGUCUGCAGCAGUUGGACGACACUCAGUUUUUAACUCACGUCAGGAGUCUUGUGGAUGAUCGCUGUUUUUUUCUCUCCAUCUUAGAUUUCUAG